GGUACCGGCACCGGAAGCGACGGCGGGGGCGGCAGCAGCGGCAGCAGCGGCAGCAUGGGGAAACAGAAGAAGGCGCGGAAGUACGCGGUCAUGAAGCGCAUGAUCAGCCUCCGGGACCAGCGCAUUAAUGAGAAGGAGCGGGCAAAGGCGCGCGUGAAGAAGAAGGAGGACCCGAGUGCCAUCAAGGAGCGGGAGGUCCCCCAGCAUCCCUCUUGUUUGUUCUUCCAGUAUAAUACCCAACUGGGCCCCCCUUAUCACAUCCUGGUUGACACUAACUUCAUUAACUUCUCCAUCAAGGCCAAGCUGGACCUCGUGCAGUCAAUGAUGGACUGUCUCUAUGCCAAAUGUAUUCCAUGUAUCACAGAUUGUGUAAUGGGUGAAAUUGAGAAGUUAGGACAGAAGUACCGUGUGGCAUUAAGAAUUGCCAAGGACCCUCGGUUUGAACGUUUGCCAUGUAUGCACAAAGGAACCUAUGCAGAUGACUGCUUGAUACAGAGAGUCACUCAGCACAAGUGUUACAUUGUGGCCACAGUGGAUAAAGAGCUCAAGAGGAGAAUACGAAAAAUCCCAGGAGUGCCUAUAAUGUAUAUUUCCAGGCACAGAUACAAUAUUGAGAGGAUGCCUGAUGAUUAUGGAGCUCCUCGGUUCUAACCUGUCCAGCCAUCGAUGCCAGGACUCUGAGCCAGGAUAAGGAUCCUUCUGGUUCCAACACCCCUGCUUUCAUUUUUGGUGGGUGUCUGUUUGUAGGACUGUGGGUGACAUUGGGCUGACUUCGUAGUCUUGAUCUUCUAAGAAAAAGCUACUUCCAGGAGUCUGCUUUUAUUCAUCUUUACUCUGACUUGGCCUGAUUACCACAGCUGGGAAAAGCAUAUGGGAAAGAGAGGGGUGCAGUGACUAGAAUAGUCUUAACUCCUUGAGAUCAUUGGAAAAAGUUAUUUCAGCUUUCUGAAUUAAAUAUUGGUGAUGCAACUCUGGCUGAGAAUGAAACCACUGAAAUUUUACAAGUUUCUUAUUGCUGUACCUGCAGCAGGACAAAUAUUCCUCUGGGAAACUCCUCCACAGCUGUCCCACAGAACCUGCAUUCUGGAGAAGAGCCUUCAAAUCUGCAGGAGUUGGCAUCCUUUUCCUGGGCCAGUGAUUUGGAAGAUUUUUAAUUCAGAACUGGUGGGCUUCUAGUCAACUGUACAAUGAAUGGAUUUGGCUUGGUAUCCUGUUGAGAUUCCUAUGUUUGUACUGGGUUAGCUGGCAGCAUGGUCCUUUGGCUUGUAUGCAGAGUGAUGGAAGGGAAGAGCUGAGUCAGGAUGGACCUCUCCCUCUUGUUUGCUUGGCAUCUGUGCACCUCAAAGCCUCACCCCCUUCCUUUAGGUGUCAUGGAAGAGGAAGAAGAUAUGAGGCUUGGAUAAGAAGGUGUCAGACUGUGGAAGGUCUUGAUUUAACCUGGGAGCAGAGUAGGUGGAAGGAAUUGGAGUUAUGGCUGUGGAUCUUUGUGAGUCUGUCACGGAGAGCAGCAGCAUUUGCUGCAAGGAAGGAAGUGAUCAGAGGAGUGAGGGGAAAGAGAUGGUUAAGCCAAAUGGAGAAGUGCCAUGGAAAAAAUGUUUCAAUGCUGUAAUUUAGCAUUCUUGUAUCUUCUCCAUUAUGCUUUCAUUUUAGCAGUAUAAUUUGCUCUUCUGAUCUCUGCUUCGCAGCGAUGUGAACUGUUUUAAGACUGAGAGACUACAGAGAAUAUGAGGGUCACCAGGUGCCAACAUGCUGUAGUGUGCUUCCUGGCCAAAAUGCUGGAGCUAGGGUAUAGUAAAGGGGAGGAAUGAAAAUUUAUAUUCUUGGUAUAAUUAAGAACAUUUCCAAACUUUAGAAGAGCGUUUAUCCUGUGGUGCCUUACAGUGGUCCAGGCUGCAGAAAUUGGCUGAGCUCUCAUAUGUAUAUGAGAUAUACAGCAGAGAUAAUACCUCUCCUCUGCUAAUCAUUUCCUGUCCUUGGGAGAUGCCUUGACAUGCUGAUAACUUUCUUGCUAGCAUUGUGCCUCUACAGAGUCUGCAGGAAACUUUGGGAACACAUCAGUCUUACCCCUUGCACUAUCUCUGCUUGGUGCAGAGUAUCUCAUCUACUAAACUCAUCCCUGAAAUAGCAGCAUACUGACACCUUGCAAAUACAACCCUUUCCGAGCUAUCUUAAUUAAAGUUAAUCUUCUCCCAGCCAGGAAUAGGGUAGCAAACAACUCUGAGAUUUUACACUUGAUAUAUAAUUAUGCAUUUCAAAAAUAAUAUCCUUAGUUUUCUUCUGUCAAUCCAAGUCAUGUUUCUUUAAGCUAAAAGUAUUGUCAUCAACACUUGAAGACUAUGUUUAGUCAAAUGAGGACAGAGAAGUAGUUGUAGGAUUAGAUCUGUGUAACUUGUUCUUCAGAAUAAUUCUAGUUUUGAAAAAGUUCAAGUGCAGAGUCAACGAGAAUUGUUCCUGUAACUGCACUUGAAUUAACUUAAACUGAAGGGGACUGGGGAAGAAAUGAAUGGGUGCUCAUAGUAAUAUUUGAUAGAAGCCUUUCUGGUGCUGGAGAAGAGGUCAAAGACACAGCAACAUGAUGAAUUUGUGAAUGUUUGCCUGCCAGCAGAAUGCCUAUUGGAGGGACUUAAUGAAAAUGUUAGUGUCUAGCAUCAACAGUGGGUAGGAAUCAAAACAAAUGUGCCCAUUUACCAAAGUCUUUUGCUCCUUAAAUUAAUAUUCCAUGUAAUCUGCCUUGGUUGUUUUAGUAAUAGGCCUAAGGCAAUUCCUAAAGAACUGUUAAGAGUAUUGGAGGAUGAAGUGCAGUAAUAAAAUAUUGGCAGUGAUUGAACCCAUCAGGAAAUUUUCAUAAAUUGAGUAUAACUGGAAAGACAGAAAAAUUUAUUAGCUCAAAGGGCCUGGUCAGAAGAGAAACACAAGGUAGGAAAGGACCACCUGAGUUACUGAGUUCUUCUCCUGCAGUCCCUAGGGACGUGUGCACCAGACCUUUAGUUCACAGAGAGGCAUUUACUCCAUGCAUACCAUGACAUCCCAACCUCAGAUCCAACUUACAGUAUGUCAGAGGAGGAAAGAUUAUCUGUUUAACAGGAAAGAGUUCAGUAAGUGAGAAUGCUUUCAUGUUCCUAUGAAUGCAGAACUCCACCAGUCCAAGCCAGACGAGAAAUUCCUUCUUGACCUGACUCUGGCAGUAGGUUUAAACCUGCACAUGAGUUAGAUAUCAAACAGAUGCCUGCAAUGUUUCUCAGUAACUCCAGGGAAUCCAGCCUCUCCCCUAACAUCCUGUCUCUUGCUGUAGCCAGUUUCCAUAUCCUCAGAAGACAGAUAAAACAAUCAAAAACCACAAAAAGAAAGUCUGAAGUUAUGUAAAGAAAGGGACAAAAUUCCUUCCUCAUUCUGGGGGCCACCAGAAGGCCCAGGAUUGUUGCAUGUUAUCUCCAGACAAUGGGAAAAUAUGUAAGCUGCUGAUCCAAGACGUGACAGUUGUAAAUUGAGUGGUAACUGGAAUGUGGUCAAAUAGCAAUUAGAAGCAGGAAAAGCACAAACUAUUUGAAAAAGGAACUAAACCCAGCAGGGUGACAUACAUUAAUGUUACAGUCUGUAAAAGAGUAAGAGAGCAUAAUGUGGGCUUGGUUGCUUUAGGAUAAGGUAUCCUUGGGUAAAGCCAAUGUGCCUUGGCUGGCAGGAGACAACUCUGCUGCUGCCCAAAUUUGAGUAUUGACAAAGGCAUCUGUCAAGUUAUUUGGAAGUUAUUUGGAAGUUGCACUUUGGCCUCUGUUACAUAGCCUGGAAAACAAAUGCUACUGAAAAUGGCUAAGCACAUAUCCUUCUUCAUAAGAGAACAGAUGUCUUCACAGUGUUGAGUAGCAGCAACAGACAGCAAGAAUGCUAGGAGAGACUUGCUGGGAGGAAGUACAUGAGUAAACUGAUCUCAGGAGAACUUGCUUUGAGUGAAUCGACUGGGAGGAUAAAUGAAAGGAUGUUUGCAAUAGGAAUUCCCUAGUUUGAAAGGACAGACUUUCAAAGUAAACUGGCUCAAAGACUUCGGAAAUAUGUUAAUUAUGUGUAUGAUGCAAAGGAGGUAGGGGGCUAGAAGUGCAGAUGUUAUCUGGAAGUCAUAUUCAUAGUAAUAGGAUCUUACAGAGUGUCACCAUAGACAGAAAGGAGCAGUAAUCACCUUUUGAUGAAAAGAAAGUAUAUUAAAGUUUAGAAAAGAUAGUUCUGUGUGUAUUAAAUUAAGGUAGCUUUCUUAAAGAUCUGUGCCUUGUAAACAGGGUUCACAGUCUGCUUGAAGCUUUUCUUGUGGAUUCAUGGCUUAUCACUUCUAUGGAUUCCCUGAGGUUUAACAGCAAAUAAAAAAGUCCAACUGAUUGAACAUCAGGAUAAGUAUGCAGGUUUGCUCUAUUUGGGGAGAAGAGCAGGCACCACACAGUUCCAAUGCCCAGCCACCACAAUUCAUAAGCACGAGCCCUGAUGUCUUUUCUCUGCAAUGGGAGUUCAGCACCUUGGAUAAAUCUUUGCUAACU